AUGAGGGGCAAGCGAUCCAAACAAUACCGGAAGCUCAUGCAACAGUACGGGCUGGCCUAUGGCUUCCGCGAGCCAUACCAAGUGCUGCUCGAUGCGGACAUGAUCAAGGACGCGGAUAAAUUCAAGAUGGACCUCGUGGGCGGAUUGGAAAGGACGCUGCACGGGGAGGUGAAACCGAUGAUAACGCAAUGCUCGAUGCGCCACCUCUACGCCAGCGCCUCCGAGCCGGGUAUCGCGUUUCUAAUCGACAAAGCGAAGACGUACGAGCGCCGCCGCUGCGGGCACCGCCCGGAGGAGUACCCGGAGCCCUUAUCCACGGCGGAAUGCCUGUCCUCGGUCGUGGACCCGAAGGGCGCAAAGACGAACAAGAACCGCUACGUAAUCGCUAGCCAGGACCUGGAGGUCCGCAAGGCGAUGCGUGCCGUGCUGGGCGUGCCGCUGGUGUAUGUCAACCGCAGCGUGAUGAUCAUGGAGCCUAUGGCAGAGGAGAGCAAGGGCAUGCGGGAGCGGGAGGAGAGGGGGAAGUUUCGGGUUGGAUUGAAGGCUGGUGCUGGAAGGGGGCUUAAGAGAGCUAGAGAGGAUGAGCAUCCUGGUGAGGGUGAGGGGGGAGAGGAGAAGCCGACGAAGAAGAAGAGGAAGGGGCCUAAGGAGCCGAAUCCGCUGAGUAUGCCUAAGAAGAAGAAAGCGGUCGUGGUAGAAGGCGACGUCAAGGAGAAGAGUACGAAGAGGACGGGUGCCAAGGGCGAGGGGGAGGGUACGGAGCCAGGAGAGCAGGGCGGUAAGAGGAAACGCAAGAGGAAACCGAAGGCUGUGGCCGACGGUGGAGGAGAGGAGGUGGCUGAAGCUGUAGCUGUAGCUGUAGCUGUUGAGCACGAUUAA